UAGACCCUCACAGCGUAAUUAGGCGCCAAUGGAAAAUGAUUUCCUACAAUUUUAUGCCGUAUAAUGGAUUCGCGGAGCGCAGAACAUAACGACUGUAGCAUACAGCUUACAGGUAACAGGUGCAGGGUAACUGUGAGCAAUGACAGAAAGUCUGCCAGGUACUCCCGUGUACAAUGCUAGCACCAACGUUGACACAUCAAUCAACGUUAGAUCAUGUUCAGCAGGAGAUUGUUCGUAUAAUGCCCCUGUCUCGCAGGAGGAAAUUGCAUCUGUCUCAACCCGGCGAAUGACAGAAACACCAAUACGGAAUACUACAACUACAAGUGGAGAAAAGAAAUCAGGACACAUUCAGGGCAAUCUGUGGUCGGAAAAUCGGGCAACAUUAUCAAAUAAUAAGUCGAUUGGAAACUACGUCAAGCCAAUGGACACAGCUACAUCUGGCCAAGAUGCUGGUAGUGGGCCUGUCCUAUCUUGUAAGAAACCUGCUUCCAUAGCAAGGAUUACUGAAGAUUCAUAUAAACAGUCAUUGGAACAUAAUAGCUCUAUAGAUAGUAGCAACUCUACAGACCAGCCAGAGGAAGGGAAUAACUCAGAAAUCCUCCAAAGUCGCAUUGUUGUGAUAAAGCCAGACAUCGCCGCAACCCGAGAUGAUGAUGGGGGAAGGCAAGUUGCCAGGAGUGCAAGUUCCGAUUAUCGUCAACCUUUGAGAUGUCUUCUCGUAUCGAGUAAGAUUAAAAACCUAGGUGGGAUCACCAAUGCGGUGGCACCUAAUUCUGUAGUGAUCAGCUAUAGAUAUGAAUCUGCAACAUUAGACAACUUGCUAGCUACGGUCAGUGAAAAGAUGGGAGGCCGCAAGGUGCAAGGUAUUGGCAUGGUCAUGACAGGAACUGCUUUCAAUCUAAGCAUCUGCAGAAUAGGAGACAAGGUGUUGUCAGUGCAGACUGUGUGUGAUCACGAAGCCGUAAGGGAAUUCUUCACAUGUUUGACCAUAAAUCACCUAGAUGCAACAUCUCCAUAUCGCCGGCUUGACUUUUUCUUGUGGAGUGCUGCUGGCACACCAGAUGCCAACACAAUAGCAAAGGAACUGGAAGUGCUCUGCGGGGUGCCAGUUGCCAUAUAUAAAGAUAUGUAUGGUGCUGAGCUUGAUGGAGGGAUUAGCAGGUAUCUUGAGGACUCACCUCGUGGCAAGAUAUUCGUAGGAGAGUUGUACUUCAGACCUGAAAAGCUACGUGGUUUGAGCGCCCGCCCUGGUAGCAGUUCGCAGUCCACAGCCGGCUACGAGAAGAUACGUACGGUAGGAAAAGGUGCAUAUGGAACAGCCGUACUGUACAGGAGGCGUGAUGACGAUUCGCAGGUUAUCUUGAAAGAAAUUAAUAUGCAUGAUUUGAGCACGGCAGAGAGACAGAUGGCUCUCAAUGAAGUGAAGGUGCUUGCCAUGCUGGACCAUCCGAACAUUAUCAGCUACUAUGACAACUUUGAGGAGGAUGGGGUUCUAAUGAUUGAAAUGGAGUAUGCUGAUGGGGGUACGCUGACGCAGUUUUUGGCCAAACAAACCGAGCCAUUGGAAGAAAAAUACAUACUGAACCUGUUCCAACAGAUGGUCUCAGCUCUAAGGGACAUGCACGAGCACAACAUUCUCCAUAGGGAUUUAAAAACACAGAAUAUUUUUCUAACAAAAGAAGGCUUAGUGAAAGUGGGUGAUUUCGGAAUAUCAAAGAUGUUGUCAACGACGAAUAACGGAGCUAACACUGUACUUGGUACACCUUACUACAUCAGUCCUGAAAUGUGUGAAGGACUUCCUUAUAAUGAAAAAUCAGACAUCUGGGCAUUUGGCUGUAUACUGUACGAGAUGGCCUGCAGACAACGGACAUUUGAGGGGUCAAAUUUGCCUGCACUGGUUAACAAGAUUAUGAAGGGUCAAUUUACACCAGUCAAGGGAAACUACAGUGCAGAAUUCAAAGAGCUUAUCAGGGACAUGCUUCAGAGAGAGCCAGAGUACAGACCGUCUGCUAAUGAACUACUUUAUGCUAGACUUCCAGAGCUAAUGAGUCGUUAUGACCAUCAGGGAACAGAUGGUGAAGAAGAUGCAUUACAGAAUGGUGGCAGCACCAAGAAGAAAAGAAUAAGGUCAGUGCUAUACAGUUUCGACGUGAGCAAGACAAAGCUUUACCCCAUUGACCUUCCAAUAAAGACAAUGGUGGUUCAAGUAGCAGCUAGCCUUGAUCACGUGAUUGUGGUUACUAUGGAGAGAGUGGUGUUUACCUGGGGAGCUAAUCAUUCUGGUCAGCUUGGGCAUGGUGACCAAGAGCUUAGGCCCAAACCGACAGCAGUGGAAGGAUUGCAGGCCAAGUCCAUCGUCAGGGCGUGUGCAGGUCAAGACUUCAGCAUAUUUUCCAGUGACAAUGGUAUCGUCAUGACUUGUGGUAAUGGUGGUAGUGGCUGUCUCGGGCAUGGUGACUGGUCAAGUGCAUGUCGCCCUAGACUUAUUGAGGCUUUGUUAAGUGUGGAUGUGUCCUCUAUAGCAUGUGGUCCAGCACAUGUUGUCAUUGGCAGCAGUAAUGGAGAGGUAUACUCGUGGGGUCGAGGCGCCGACGGACGCCUUGGACUUGGCUCUGAUGCUGAUUACAGUUAUCCAAUGCCUGUGAGCAUCCAGGGACCAGCGAUUGUGCGUGGUGUGCAUUGUGGAGUGGAUGGUAGCAUGUUCAUCACAGACACUGGCUCAAUGCUAGCUUGUGGCAGCAAUAGAAACAACAAGCUUGGCCUAAACGAGCGCUAUGGCUUCUUUGCACAGAUGAGACAGCUCAUGCACAAGACAGAGGUGGAAGGUACUAAGAUACCGACCGUUGUCAAGGCCCUGAAAUUUCGCAUUCUGGACAUUUCUAUGGGUCUGCAUCACACUGCAGUCCUCGUAGAACCCGGACACGUUAUAACAUUUGGCAAUAACACACAAGCUCAGCUGGGGCAUAGCAACACAAAAGUACACAGUCAUCCCAUGCAAGUCCGAAGCAUUGAACACGAAUUAGUGAAGGCAGUGACAUGUGGAGAACGAUUCACAGCAGUCUGUACAGCCACCAACAACCUGUAUUUCUGGGGAACUAGGCAGGUCUUGUCCGAUAAUAAUGGUGCAUCCAAUGAGAAAGGACAAGGGAAGGUGCCAGAUGCAUGUGAUGACGAGCCACAAGCAGAAUCUUUCAAUUCUGCUAAUGCUCAGCUCACAACAGAUGCCAAAAGUGGGUACACACAUUCUACAACUGCUGGAAGUCUGGAACCUGAAGCUCUGAAAUCCUAUGAUAAUUUAGAUGAUACACUAUUCUCAACAAUGUCACACACUGACAGUGAUCUGAUAAUACCUGACUUGACUCAACAGACAGGUAGUGAUGGCAGCCGCGACCAGUCGGCCAGGAGUAGAGUGCUUAAAAUGCUUUCUGGUAAAGAGACGCCUAUAGAAACAGUAACUGUGCUCAAGCCAACACCCAUAUUAAGAUUGGACUCUGCCUCUGAUAGCAGUCAGGAUUUCAUCCGUUUGUCAGACGUAGUAACACAGUGUGACAACAUUUUCGUCCUAGUCGAUACCACGGCGCCACCUCCACGCAAAAAGGGACGAAAGAAACGUAGUAGUCUUCGCAAGCGAUGUUCAUCAAACCUACGACCCCCAUCUGUUGGAGAUAUCCCAAACUCUGCAUCUAGUAGGGAUGGUGGUGAUGAAUAUACAAGCUCCGAGAUGUCAGAAGCAGAUACUAAACUACGCAGUGCAAUUCCAACUUGGUUAAAGAAUGAGCUUGCAGCAUCAGAUGCAGAGCACAAUGAGGACGAUGAAAUCUCCAGUGGCUUAGACACUCCAAGGGACGGCCAAUCCGAGCAAGUUAACCAGAUAAAUGGUAAAACUGUAAUAACAAGUGCAGAGUAUGAAGCAAGCAUCAACCAAAUAGACCCACUUUCUAGUUCAAGUAGCUCAGAGACAUUCGCUAUAAAGUCUGAAGUAAGUCAGCAAAACGCACCUGCACUAGGUAUUACUGCUAGUGUGCAAUACAAUGAAAAACUUGCUACCACACAGCGACCACUAAAUCGACUUAGGGUAGCUGGCCGUGGACGUACUUUGGCUCCAAGAGGGAGCCACCAGCUAGCGACUACUAAUCAGAGAUCAGCUGAUCCACAAGGGUUCAUAUCUGCCGUUACACAAAGAAGAAGGGAAGAAGCCUUGCAACAAGAGCUUCAGCAUCUUCAAGAAGAAAAGUUAUUGAUGGAGGAAAAGCUGAACGAAAUAGCAGUGCAGCAAAACACCAACGAACACACUGAAGUUGAGAAGAAAGCACAAGAACGUGAGAUUCUGUUGCUGGAGGAGCUAGAAAAGCUUAGGCAGGAGCUUCAGCAGCAGAAUUCACGGAUGCUGGACAACCAGAAACAGCUGCAGCAGCUGCAGGAGAACUUGCAAAGAGUGGCACACCAACCAGUGCAUGAAACAAAUGGCAAAGUCGGCACAGGAACAUCACAGGUGCAACUCCCUAAUAAUAACUCUCAAAAGCAAAGCAAGGUGUGCUCCCUUCAGUAAAGCCUUGUGGUAUCAAUGCACUAUUAUCAUAUGUGUACUUAUGCGUGCAGGCACGUAGGGCUGCACGUUCAGUGCCCCAUGCGCAUGUAAGCUAGCCUAUACUCGUAUGUGCAAAUUUGUAUACACACUUCGUAGAUGGGCAGGAGGCAGUACGUUGUAUGAUGUCAUAUCCCAACUGGGAGUCUUAGAAAGCCGUUUCUAGUUUAUGGCAAUAUCUAAAUUUAGAAAUUGUUAGCCUAUAACUUAUGUACUGCAGUUUCACUUGCCUACUAUUCUAGAUAGUGCAGUUAUAACGUUUAUUGAGUAAUGUAUUUUCAUCUGAUAAAAUAGUUGUUUUUUGUUUGCCCAGUUGAUCACCUAAUUUUAUUAUUGUUUAUUGCUAUAGAUAUUUUCAAGAGCGUA